AUGGGCGCGGGGCGCCGGGCACUGCUGCUGCUGCCGCUGCUGGGACUCCUGCGCGCCGGGGGGCUGCCCACCUGGCCCGUAGCCACGGCGCCCGCGCUGCGCUGGCUGCUCGGGGACCCCGCCUGCUGCGCGCUGGCCGUGCUGGCGGCGCUGGCGCGGCCCUGGCUCCGGUCCUGGGCGCCGCCGGGGCUCAGCCUGGCGGCCGCGGCGCUAGCACUAGCCCUGCUGCCGGCCCGGCCGCCCCCCGCGCUGCUCUGGCUGCCCGCCGACCUGGCCUUCGCCGCGCGCAUCCUCCGCCUGGGCCUGCGGGUGCGGGGGCGCCUGCGCCGCGCGCCCCCCGACACCUUCGUGGACGCCUUCGAGCGGCGCGCGCGGGCGCGGCCGGACCACGCGCCGCUGGUGUGGACGGGCCGCGGCCGCCGCGCCGUCACCUACGCGGAGCUGGACGCCCGGGCCUGCCGCGCCGCCUGGGCGCUGCAGCCGGAGCUGGUGCGCCCCGAGGCCGCGGGGCCCCCCGAGCCCGCCGCCCUGCUGACGGCGCCCGCACAGGCCGUGCCCGCGCUCGGCCUGUGGCUGGGGCUGGCCAAGCUGGGCUGCCCCGUGGCCUGGAUCAACCCGCACAUCCGCGGGGCGCCGCUGGCGCACUCGGUACUGAGCUCCGGGGCGCGGGUGCUGCUGGUGGACCCGGACCUCCGGGAGAGCCUGGAGGAGGUGCUCCCUCAGCUGCAGGCGGAGCGCGUGCGCUGCUUCUACCUGGGCCGCAGCUCCCCGACGCCGGGGGUGAGCGCGCUGGAGCCCGCGCUGGACGCCGCGCCCUCGGACCCCGUGCCCGCCGGCCUCCGCGCCGGCCUCACCCCGCGGAGCCCCGCCCUGUUCAUCUACACCUCGGGGACCACCGGGCUCCCCAAGCCGGCCAUCCUCACCCACGAGCGAGUGCUGCAGAUGAGCGCCAUGCUGGGCCUGAGCGGGGUGACGGCCGCCGACGUGGUGUACACGGUGCUGCCCCUGUACCACGCCAUGGGGCUGGUCCUCGGCGUGCUCGGCUGCCUGGAGCUCGGAGCCACCUGCGUCCUGGCCCCCAAGUUCUCCGCGUCCUGCUUCUGGGAGGACUGCCGGCAGCAUGGGGUGACCGUGAUCCAGUAUGUGGGCGAGGUGCUGCGGUACCUUUGCAACGCUCCCCAGCGGCCCGAGGACCGGACGCACACGGUCCGCCUGGCCCUGGGGAACGGGCUCCGCGGGGACGUGUGGGACGCCUUCCAGCGGCGCUUCGGGCCCGUCCGCAUCUACGAGGUCUACGGCUCCACCGAGGGCAACGCGGGCUUCGUCAACUACCCGUGCCGCCGCGGCGCCGUGGGCAAGACCAGCUGCGUCCUCCGGGCGCUGUCCCCCUUCGAGCUCGUCCGGUUCGACCCCGAGGCUGCGGAGCCCGUGCGGGACGGAGCCGGCUGCUGCGUGCCGGUGGGGCCAGGGGAGCCCGGGCUGCUGCUGACCCGGGUGCUGCGCCGCAACCCCUUCCUGGGCUACCGCGGGCCCCGGGAGCUGUCGGAACGGAAGCUGGUGCGGAAGGUGCGGCGCCCGGACGACAUUUACUACAACACCGGCGACGUGCUGUCCAUGGACCUCGAAGGCUUCCUCUACUUCCACGACCGCCUCGGGGACACCUACCGGUGGAAGGGUGAGAACGUGUCCACGCGGGAGGUGGAGGGCGUGUUGUCACUCGUGGACUUCCUGCAGCAGGUGAACGUCUACGGCGUGUCCGUGCCAGGGUGUGAGGGCAAGGUGGGCAUGGCCGCCGUGCAGCUGGCCCCCGGCCGGGCCUUCGACGGGCAGAAGCUGUACCAGCAUGUCCGCACGUGGCUCCCGGCCUACGCGGUCCCCCAUUUCAUCCGCGUGCAGGAGACGCUGGAGAUCACCAACACCUUCAAGCUGGUGAAGUCCCGGCUGGUGCGCGAGGGCUUUGACGUGGGAGUCAUUGCGGACCCGCUGUUCGUGCUGGACAGCCAGGCCCAGACCUUCCGGCCGCUGACGCAGGACACGUUCCAGGCUGUGUGUGAGGGCACCUGGAAACUCUGA